AUGUCUUCAAUUCCAUCUGAUAAUGAGUUGUUAGAACAACCAUUACAGAAGGAAACGUCAGAAGACGAAACAAUGCAGGAUGAAGAGGGCCAGAAGGAGUCUGAAAGUUCGGACAAAGACCAGAUUAUGCAAGAAAUCACAUAUGACUACAGCCUAGCCCAGGACAGAUCGAGUUCACCUGGCAACCUUCUACCAUCGUCGCAACCAAAUUGUAGUAGCAAAUCAAAAACAACAUCACUGAUUCCUAACAAGCAAGAUUCCAUAUCUUCUGCUGCUGAUGAACCUUGUUCAGAUGACAAUAACCUUGUCAUCUUGUCAGCAGCUUCGUCGCUUGCAAGAACACAUUCCCUUGGCAGCCAGGCUGAACUACUUCCCACCAUCAGUACUCCCAGACUGCCUAUCCACCACACCAAUUCCCACAAAGCUGAAUUUGAGUAUCAGUUAACAUCCUCCCGCUUCUACCUUCCUCCAAACGAACUCCAAACCACAGAACACUUCUCGAACAAACUCACAUUUUUUUUAUUCACUGCUUAUGUAUGUAACUUCUUUGUUUUUAUUAUUUUUCCCAGAAUAUAUAUUCAACCUUACUCCAGUGUUUCUACUUUACCAUAUGCCGUCCUGGGAAGAAGAAUUUGCUUUUUGCAAUCGAUCAUCAAUAUUUAUUUAAAAAAUCUGGACGUGAAAUUGAUUCUUUGCAUCAUGCCUCGAGGAUUUUCAGCACGAACAGACAUCACCGACCCUGACAUUGACAGUCAAGUGGAAAAUGAACUUUUUCAAAAUCUGAAGAAGGAAUAUCGCAAGACAGAACUUAACAGAAAUGGUUUGACAGAAAUGACUAAAAGACACCUGCAGAAACUCAGAUAUGAGAUUUCGAUUCUGGAAGCAGAACAACAAGAAUUGAUGAAAGAAUUCCAUUUGGCUGAAAGUCUGCAAAACUACAGGAAAGAUUGUAAGAAUUCUGAUCACUUAAUGACACUUGCUGAGGCAAAAGAUACAACCAAAGAAGAAAUCCAAAAGCAACGCCAUUAUUUGAAUUCUGUGGAACAAGAGAUCAAUGUAAUGAGCAAGAAACUGAAAGAAGAACAACAGUCUAAUGGUGGGGGGUUACAAAAAAGUUUAAUUUAUUCAGCCGUCACAGGAAAACAGAUUUGGGUGCUUGAGAAUCGAUUGGACCAAGCUUUAAAAAAAUUCAACCACCAGCUAACAGAAAACAGGAAUCUUCGGCAAAAUAUUGAUUCCAUGCGUACAGAAAAAGAGAAAUUUGAUGGACUGCACCACAGAUUAGAAAAAGAAUAUGCUCAAAUUCGACAACAAAUUUCGCAACUAAUUGAAGGCUCUACCCAGGCAUACAACGCAAGAGAGGAAGCUCAGAACCGAAUCUGUACAUUGAAAGAGAAAUUAGAAAAAGACAUUCAGCAGUAUCAUGCAGAGAUGAAGGAACUUGAGAGAAUCAUUGACCAUGACAGAAAAUUGCGCGAUUUUAUGGGACUCAAGGGAAGAGAACGGCUUGAAGAUCAACAGUUAGUGGCUUGGAGGCAGAAAAAAGAGGCUUUAGAGGCCGAGAAGAAAAUGGAGAGUCAAGAAGAUUCGGUGGAGCGAUAUGAAGCAGCCGUGCAGAGGAUCAAAGAAAUGACGGGAGAAGACAAUCUUGACCUUGAUGUGCCUCGAUUUAUAGAAGUGGAAGACAGAAAUUUUGCCCUCUUCAACUAUGUGAAUGAGAUGAACAAUGAAAUUGAAUUGCUACGUGAUCAAAUGAGAGAGAUUCAAAAUGAAAUUGAAGAAUUUGAAAACCAAGGUGCUCAGCUGGAUUCAGAACGCAGAAGAAUCUUGAAUGAAUUGGAAGAAAUGCAGCUAGAAGUUCGAAAAGAUAAAAAUGCCAAAAAUGAACUCAUCAAAGAAAUUACCAAAAUAUUUGAUCAAUUAAAAAUUGCUGUAAAGGAUAUCUUUUUGAAGAUUAUUUGUGAUUCCACACCAAUCACAGACAUGUUGGGUUCAUCUGUUGGAGUAACUGAAAUGAAUAUGAUCCAGUACUUGGGAUUAAUAGAACAGAGAGCCAAUGAAUUGCUGGCCAUACAAGCUUAUCUACAGUCAAAGGAUCAGAUGAAUUUUGACCCCAGAGGACAGGUUUAUUCUACAAUUGUUCCCAAAUCUUCCCACAGCCAGAUUUCCAUUUUCCCUCCCUCCAUAGGUGAUGAGUACCAAGGAAUGGAUGAAAGUGAUGUUGGAGAGGAAGAACUGAAGCCACUGACAAGAAGUGAUCUUGAGUUACGAGUAAUAAAAACGGUGAAAAAAAGGGAACAUGAUGCCCAAAAGGAAGAAAGUCAAUCUGGUCUUUCAAUUGAACGUGAGAGAAGCCAAAAACUUACAGAGAAAAAAGAAAGUAAAAAGGACAGAGCUUAG